GGUUGGGACCGAAACCAUCAGUAGGUGACUGACUCCGGGAGAUGGCAGUAAUGCAACCAAGUGGAUGUCAGCGGCUGAAACUUCUCUGAAGAAGAAGACGCAACAACACCACCAGCAGCAGCAGUAGAAGGAUAGCUAGUGCUACUCGGUCUUCGGAAAUAUCGCCUUUUUCCUUCGUGCUUGUGUGACUUCGGAUGUAUAUGGAUCAACGUGUGUGAUACAAUGGAGACCAGCAAUCAUGCCACAGCCCAGAAUGAUGCUGGUGGUGACUGGAGAUGAUUUUGGUUACUGUCCCAGGAGGAACCAGGGAAUUGUGGACUGUUACAAGGCUGGAGGCAUUUCCAAUGUGUCACUGCUGGUUAACGCCACUGCUGCAAAAGAGGCAGCUGAUCUGGCUAAAAGACACAACAUACCCAUGGGCCUCCAUGCUAACCUGUCAGAGGGCAUUCCAGUGUGUCAGAGUGUCCAGCAGGCCUCCACUCUGAUAAACCACCAUGGCUUCUUUCAUGGGAAGAUGGGCUUUCGUCAGGCCCUGGAGAGAGGUCAGCUCAGCAUGAAACAGGUGGAGCUGGAAUUAAGUGCCCAGGUCAGGCUAUUCAGGGAACUGACAGGUCACCUGCCACAUCACAUGGACGGACACCAGCAUAUCCAUGUACUGCCAGAAGUGCGUGAGGUGUUUGCACAGGUGCUAUCAGAUUUCAGGAUUCCCUACACACGUGUUCCAGUGGAGCAAGGUUUACACAGCUGCCCGUGGCUGCCAGUGCAACUCCAAAGAUUCUACACACAGGUGGAGAAGGACGCCUUGGACUCCAUCCCUGUGUUCACACGCUAUGGAAUCAGUCAUCACAAGCCAUACAGUCUGUGCCAAACAGGUGCAACAUCCACUUGA